GCCCGCCGCUCGUCUUCCCUCGCAUCUUUCGUUACCGUCCGUCGUCGGAGGCCGUGGCCGUGUGACAAAACCUCGGAGGCCUGUCUUGUCGUGUUCUAGUCGUCCUACCUACACGCCUUAUUUCGAUUCUUCCGUCGCGACUCGGGCUCCCGGCGCGCCGCACGCGAUUUCACCUCUUGGGCCCCCGCCGAAAAAACACCACAUCUGGUAUAUCCUCGGAAACCCGCCAUCAUGUCCGACAGCAAGCACGAGAUCUCGCAGACCGAGAACGGCGCCCCUAUCAAGCGCAGCAAGAAGCGCACCUGCAUCAACCACUGCAAGCGCUUCUGGUGGCUUCACCUCAUCAUCUUAGCCUGUAUCACGGUCCUCGUCGUCUGUCUUGUGUAAGUGCCUCCCCUGCCUUCUCGGGCUCUCUUCCUCCGCGCAGCGUACGAGCCAGCCAAGGCGGGUUUCUCUGCACGCCUUGUUUCGUUUGUUUGUUUGCGUGUCUGUCUGUACGAGUUGGAGAGCCUGUGUCUCGUGCUCCGAUGCCCUCUUGGCAGCUCGUUCAGCUGAGACCCCGUGCGUUGCGCCACUCGUUGGUUGCACGGCGCCCUCAACGCGAGCAGCCCUGCAAAGGCCGUCGCCAGCCGCAACCAACACCAACACAUCUUUCGUAAUGCCGAAAAUGAGUUCAUCAACUAAUGCCGAAUUCCUCGACAGCAUCUUCGUUGGUGUGCCCAAAAUUGGUCAAUCCAAGGUCAAUGCCGCCAAGCUGGAUAUCCAGGGCGUCAAUGUGCUCGACGCGGCACCCGAUCAGUACCUGAUGCAGAUCAACUCUACCAUUGAGACUGAUGGCACCGUCCACGCCGACAUUGACCCCUUUGAGGGCAAGAUGUACCUCGACGAUGUCGACAACGCCCCGGCCUUCGCCACUGUGCAGUUCCCCCCCACCAACGCCAACAAGCACCAGGACGUCAACAUCAGCCAGACGGUCAAGAUUGACGACCUCGAGGCUUUCAAGCAGUUCAACAUUGCCUUCUUCCAGAAGCAGAACCUCACCGUGCGCAUCUCUGGCAAGACCAAGCUUCAGCCCGCUGGCCUCUCCCGCAAGUAUGAUGUCGACUUCACCAAGUACCAGACCCUCAACGGCCUCAAUCUGCUUCAGGGCACCAAGCUCAAGGAUGCCAAGGUCAACCUGACUGCCCAGACGGGUGAGAACUUCAAGGGUGUUGCCGAGAUCCACAACCCCUCUCACUUCACUCUCGACCUUGGUAACGUCACCUUUGCCACCUUUGCUGGUGGUAACAACGUUGGAAACCUCACUAUCAACAACCUUCUCCUGGUUCCUGACGUGAACAACGUCCCCAUCUCCGCUGCUUUGAACCAGAGCCUUGUGCUCAAGGCCUUGGGCCAGAAGCCCGCCUGUGAGACCGGCAUCGUUUCCAUGAAGCUACUUGGCACCGAAGUCAUGAACCACGGCAAGCAGACUCCGUACUUCCUCGCCGCUUUAGGCAGCGCCAACCAGACCGUGGACAUCAACCUUUCCGAGAUCCUCGGUAUCAAGCCUGCCUGCUAAGGUGGCUGGGCGACGGUGAAGGUGGACGAGUUCAUUGGAUGAUGCUCAAUUGAUUUGGCCUGGCUUUGGUUGGUUUUGAAUGACGUCUUUGUAUACCUCUGCCAGCGUUUCUAUGUAUCACUCUGAUGCGCAUUUCAGAGUUUCAGAGAGUGGGCUUGGUGAGGGGAGAUGCGAAGACACAUCGGUGGAGCCGUGCUCCGAUUCAUGAUACCUUGAUGCGCUUGUUAGUAAUAUAAGGCUGGCACAGUCCACUAUAAUGUUCAAUGCA